CUGCUGCUGCUGCAACACCUACAACCGACGGAGACGAGCGGGCUGACUGGCACGGUUCACGGCUCAUUUCAGUGGAAUAAGGCGGCACUGAGCUGCUUUUUACGCAUUUUUGAACAUACUUGAAGAGCUGAGCUUCUUCGCCAAUGGCAAGUCCGGUUGCAGACAUAGGACAGUCUCAUCAGCAUCACCCUGUGACCGAGUCGGCCGCAGACUCAGCGUUUCAGGAGGCACAGAAAUGGAUAGAGGCUGUGACAGGAAGAUGUUUUGGUGACAAAGAUUUCAGAGGAGGUUUGGAGAAUGGGAUACUGCUGUGCGAGUUGCUGAGCUCCAUUAAACCUGGCCUGGUGAAGAAGAUUAACAGACUUCCAACACCCAUUGCUGGCCUGGACAACCUCAGUGUGUUUCUUCGUGGCUGUGAGGAGCUGGGACUGAAAGGCUCCCAGCUGUUUGACCCUGGAGACCUGCAGGACACAUCGACACGCCCCACUACCAAGGGAAGUGACUGCAGCCGAAAACUGAAGAAUGUUUUAAUCACCAUCUACUGGUUGGGUCGAGCUGCCAACGGCUGUACCUCCUACAACGGGCCCACGCUGGACCUGAAAGAGUUUGAGGGCCUGCUGUCACAGAUGCGAAAGGAGGCGGAGGAGGCAGAGAGCCCUAAACGCAGCAUUCGUGACAGUGGCUAUAUUGACUGCUGGGACUCCGAGCGCAGCGACUCUCUCUCCCCCCCACGCCACGGCCGCGAGGACUCGUUCGACAGCCUGGACUCCUUCGGCUCACGCUCACGACAAACCCCGUCGCCAGACGUCCUGGUCGCCCGCGGCAGCAGCGAUGGCCGUGGCAGUGACUCAGAGUCCGACGGUCCCCCACACAGGAAGAUGCCAGACAUCCGUAAGGAUGACAUGUUGGCUCGGCGGACGUCCGUCAGCGAGCCACGAACUGCCAUGCCCUUUAACCAGUACCUUCCCAACAAGAGCAACCAGAGUGGAUAUGUACCCACGCCGCUGCGCAAAAAGAAAAACGAUAAAGAGGAGGCAGGACGCAAGAGUUGGAGUACUGCUACGUCACCUAUAGGGGGAGAUAGACCUUUCAGUACUCCAGCUCGCUCGUGCUCAGAGGAACUCUUCCACCAUUCGACGACUCUAGCAGGAAACGCCACGGCAGCCUCAGUGGUUGCAACAGGCCCCGUCAGCACGAUCGUGAAACAUCCACCUGCGGCAGACCGGGAGGAGGCAGGGGUGAGGCAGGGAGUCGCUGGUACCCCGUUAGUUGCAGAUGCAGAGCAGGACGAGAAGCAGCCCCGUCAAACGCUGACCUCUCCUAAACGCAUCGCCAGCCCGAGUCCCUCCCACUUCCUUCCUGUGCCCGCUGCCAUGGCAACCGCUUCAAAAGAAACAACCGAUACAGGCCGACGAAAGGGCAGGGCACUGAGUGAAAGUGACGACCCACAAGGAGGGACAUCUUGGUUGGACAGCAGUCUCCCAGCAACAUUCAGCCACACAGAUAGUGUGUCAGACGAUACACAGAGCGUCAGUAUGAUCGAUAUGCGUGGUGAAGAGGAGGCCAUCUUGCUGCCCCACAGUCAGGUGCGUCAUGAACUGAUGCACAAUCAGUACAACAGGAUGAAGGAAGAGGAGGAUCACUGGCAGGACGACCUGGCCCGAUGGAAAAGUCGAAGGAGGAGUAUUUCCCAGGAUCUGAUCAAGAAGGAGGAGGAGAGGAAGAUGAUGGAGCGGUUGAUGUCAGGAGACACCUAUACCUCCCAGAGGAGGAGAAGCAUCAAGACGUACAGAGAGAUCGUGGAGGACAAGGAGCGCCGUGAGGAGGAGCUGCGGGACGCGUACAGAAGAGCAAGAACCCCAGAGGAGGCAUCAGCUGUCCUCCAGCGUUACGCCCAGCGGUUCUCCAUCAGCGAAGCAGUCCUAGAACGCCUGCAGCUGCCGAAGCUCCUGGAUCGCAGCAUAUCCGCUGACCCCUCCUUCCCCUGCUCACCCUUCCCUCUCUCCCUCUCCACCUCCCCAACUACCCCAGAUCCCUUCGACAUUGACCCCAAUGGGCCAAUGAGGUAUCUGCGCCAGCAGUCCGCUCCAGCUCCAAAGUUCACGUCUACACUGGAAGCUCGAAUCGAGGAGUUUCCCAGAGACUUGUCCUCGCAUCAGCGGCCUCAGAUUCGCUCCCGCUCCUCUGAGCCGCCAUCCUCCCGAGCUCUGUCGCCCAAACCGGUGCCUUUGCUGACACCCAAGCCUUACUUCGAGUCCCGGGCCACAGCGUCUGAACCGUGGCCCAGCAAGGCGGACGGUUUGCUUCGAGUCAAUGGCAACGUAGGAAGUAACGACGUUCCCACCACACCUGAGAGCCAAGAAAGGGAAUCUCCUCCUCAUUUCCAGGCAUCCCCUUCCAAAACCAGCAACAGCACUGUAGAUGCUGCCCCCUCUGCAGCAUCACCCACACACAGUCCACACACCUCCCCCGGAGGAGGAAGCCCAGUGUCAACAAAGGCCAAGUGUGUAAAAGGUGGCACUGACGCAGUUUCUGAGGACGUCCAAGAGGAGAAAGUCGCAGAGCAUUCAACGCCACCAAGUCGGCCCACCUCACUACCAACGGAACUGCAGAAGCCAGAAGAAAGCUUUGGGAAGACUGGAAUCCAGAGAGCAGCUGUUCCAGAGGAGAGAAAGUCAAAUGCUGCAGUUCAGCCAACACCACCUACAGAGGCCAAACAAGAAACGGCUGAACCAUCUGAUCGAAACACAUCCAGUCUUGUCCAGUCAGAGGUCAGCACAGUGCAGAGUCAGCCAGUAACUUUACAGGCAAGUGCUCCCAGUUCCCAGGAGUCGCCACAGAGGAAGGAGAAUGUACCGACCUUAGCUGCACCAGGAUCAUCUGGAUAUCACCCACCACGGGAAACGACAGCAGAGUUUGCAAACAGUGUCAGGUCUCCGCUGGCAACCAGCAACCCUAAGUUACGUUGGGAGUUCUUCGCUCCACCAGAAGAGGCAGAGAAGGACCACCGUGGAAACGAGAAGUACCGGCGUGAGCAGGAGAAGCUGAAGGAGGAGUGGGAGAAAGCACAGAGGGAGGUGGCAGAGGAGGAGAGGAAGUACCAUGAGGAGGAGCGUCGGAUACUGGAGGAGACGGUGACGCCUCUCACUCCACGCUCCUCAGCCCUGCCCUCCCCCAGCCGAGGGGAGCUCUCCUCCACCUCUGAGCCCCAGGACACCAUCGUCCGUUCACUGGCUGACUGGGAACGCAAACAGGAACUUCUGGAGAGGCAGUCGAGGGGGAGCACGGAGAGCGUGGAGGGGAAACGGAGAGAAAAUGACAGGACCAGUGACAUCAGCACUGCUGACGACAGCAUGAAAACAGGCCGAAGCUCGGUGAGUCAGAGCAGCAGUCAGCCAGAAACGCUCGGUCACAGUCUGCAGAACGGCCAAAAACCUCCUCCGAUGCCGACCAAAUCCUCAACUCCAGUGAAGAAACAACAAGAUCUCACAGCAGACAGCAACAGGCCGAGCCGGCCUGCAGGAGACAGGAGGAGUGGUCCCAUUGAUAAUAACAUGAGCCGCAGCUCAUCAAAGCCCCCUGCAUCAUGUCCACCAACUCCAGACUCACUUCCUCCAGCACCCAACAGGUCUGUCAGUGGGAAGAAGCUGUGCUCCAGCUGUGGGCAGCCGUUGGGAAAAGGAGCAGCAAUGAUCAUAGAGACCCUCAGCCUCUACUUCCACAUUCACUGCUUUAAGUGUGGGGUGUGUAAGGGACAGUUAGGUGAUACGACCACGGGGACGGACGUCCGAAUUAGAAACGGCCUCCUCAACUGCCACCAGUGCUACAUCCGCUCCCGCUCGGCCGGACAGCCCACCACAUUGUGACGCUCAACAGAAAAGCACAAGGUUCAUGGAAGAAACCCCAUCCACGUUUUUACCCGAUUAUCUGCAAAUCAUGUCCUUCACAGUGUGUCAGGAACUUUGCAUCCUCUGCAGCUCAAUAACCAAUGAAGAUUCAUCAUGUGGGCCAAAUGGGGAUCUGGGGACAGUCAAACAUAAAAAAAACAAAAACAAAAACAUAUAUUCUUCGUGUUUAUGUCAUCUGAUACGUGACUGAAAUCUGGAUUUGAUUGGUACACGUUCGGCCACAGACUCUGUUUCAUCACGCAGCGAGAGAGAGAGAGAGACUGUUCCAGGGUGGCGGCCAUGUUGAAAAGAAAACAAUAACAUUAACAGAUGCUUCAAACACAGGCAGGCUAUGUUUACCUCCUACACUGUCAGAUGAACACACAAAAAGAAAAUAUGGUGUUCAAAUCUUGGUUUUAAGUAGAAUCUGAUUCUAUUUUUCUGGUUGGAAAAACAAUGUGAAUAUUUUCCAUUCAGUUCCAUAUAAUGGAAAUGCAGUAUAUCACAUAGGAAUCACUUUUUAUCAUUUAAGAAAGAGCUUCAUAAUGUGGGAAGAUAACAGUCCAAAAAAGUAGAAAGAAAACUGAGUAUGAGGUGUGAGGCAGCUCAGAUUGGAUUUUUGGAAUUUCUCUUAACAGGCUGGAUCUGAAAAAUAUUAUUAAUCUGACGCCCCUGCAAUGAAGUAUGAGAUUAAAACAAAAAGAAAUACAAGCUUUGUUUAGGAAGUGCAAUAAAGAUCACAAUAAACCCACUGUUCAGAUCCACAGAUUCACUAUAUAGUAAGUUACUAUUUUUUGAUCCCUUGGCCCAAACAGUGGUCUCUUAUGUCUCUCGUUCUGUGCUCAGAAUAAAAUUAGCUUCAAAUAUAAAGACAUAUUAUGGAUGUAGUUCAUCAUUAGGGCAAUAACUCGACUUGUGAGCUGGUUUUGUGCUUCUGGGUCACAGCAGGUUGUUCCUCGGUCAGCCUGUCAUCUUGGAAAGUCAGGACUUUAAUGUGCCUUAGGAAAGCAAGGUGAUGCAGGAAAAAAAAAAAACACCAGCGCUAUGGUGUUUUAUUUCUCCUUUUUUUUAUUUUUUGGGGUGGAGGGAGGGAGUUGGCCAAAUUUGAACUCUUAAAACUGCAGACAGAUGAGCUGCAGCCCUCCCUUACAUGCCGCUUUAUUUCAGUUGAUAAGUACUGUUUAUUUUCACAUAAACAACACCCUUAAUUUCAUUUCUAUCCCCUGUUAUUCCUCUGUGAUUUGCAGUGAUGAAUCCAGUGCAAAGAAAGGAAUAGGCUUACAUUUGUUGUCUAUCUGGAAGAAUACACAGUAUAGAGUAUAUACACUGCAGGGGAAACCAUUGAUUUAACUUUGAAUGUUUUACUCUAGAGCGAUAUAGACGUCUGUAUGCUAUUAAUUGAGGUAAUUUUGAUAAUUGCUCAGUGGUAGGAUUCAUUUAUAAAAUAAAAAAUAAACAAAUAAAUAAAUAAAAACAAAAAAAAAAAUCACCAGAACAUGUUACAUCUAGUUAGACAGCAGAGGUAAUAUGAACACACAUACCAGCAGCAGUUGCACCUGUGCAAUAUUUGGUUGGAUGAAAGCUAAAGAUCUGUGCCGCCUGACAUUUUAAGUCACCUG